AUGGAAGGAAGUUUUAAUUUUGAGAAAGUGGAAAGAAAAACCGAUGAUCUUAAAUCCAUAUCGGAUAGUUUAAGAUCAAUGGCAGAUGAACGUGAGAAAGAAAUAGAACCCGAAAAGCUUAAGGUCAAGAAUGCAAUGGAAAAAGGAAUCGAGAAGCAGAUUCGAAUUCACGUUAGGAAUAUGGUGCGCAUGAGACAUGAGGUGGUAAGUUAUCGUCAAAUAUCUAACCGUCUUAACUCUAUGGUUGAUUACUUUGACAAAGAACCGGAAGGAAGUAAGGUGCUUAGUUUGAUUCCAGCAAUUGUUGAAUCCAUCGAUUCUUCUUUAACAAGCGGGAAUACUAGAAACAUGCUGAAAACAAUGGAUCAAAUAGAUAAACAGUUUUUCGAUGAUGAAAUUGUGGCCAAAUUUACAAGUUCGUCCGCUACCGAGAGCACACCAACUGCAAUGUCAGAAGAUGAGGAAAUUAGCACUUUGAUCAAAAAAAUAGCCGACGAAUAUAACAUGAAGGCUUCUAUAGAGUUAGAACCAUCAAAAAGGACGGCACUCCGUGAAGAGGAUAAAGAGGUAAAGAAAGUUGAUGAAGGUGAAGUUGGUGUUAAGACCAAAUCUAAAAGCUGCUUCAACAUUUUUGCUUGUUGGUGUCAUUAA